CAUUGGAAGAUUUUUUUUCCGAGAGCAAGUGAAAAAUGGAGUUGCUAGCUCAACUGCAACCGCCCAAUUUUUUUUUUCAAGAACGUUUUUUAUGCUGUAAAUUAACUUAUUGAAGAAAAUUGCGUAUCCCAAGCGGCCAUGGUAGGUGACCUUUGACUCUGACAUCUUCAAAAUUCAAAUAAUGACUUGGUAAGCUCAAUUGCUGUCUAUCAUUUUGUUUCUUUAACUUGAGAAGAGCUUCAAUGGCGGAUCAAGAGCCUCGUUCAGAUACUCAAAUUAGGAUCAAUUCCCGGCGAGGCAGUACUGCAGUACACCCAGUGGCGGCGGAGGAAGGCUCAAUUGGUCGCCGGGAAAUCAAGCAAUUCAAGAAAUGGAUCCUCUGGUUGAUACCUUCAUUUGUUGUAGCCAAUGUUGUUGUGUUCAUUGUCACCAUGUACGUCAACGAUUGCCCCAAGAAUUCGGUCUCUUGCGUUGCGCGAUUCUUGGGCAGAUUCUCUUUCCAGCCCCUGAAAGAAAAUCCUCUGCUUGGACCUUCAUCUUCAACGCUACAGAAAAUGGGUGCGCUAGAAGUAAAUAAAGUGGUUCACGGAGACCAAGUGUGGCGUCUCGUCACCUGCAAUUGGUUACAUGCCGGUGUCUUUCAUUUGUUGGCGAAUAUGCUGGGUCUCUUGGUCAUUGGAAUUCGUCUUGAGCAAGAAUUCGGAUUUAUUCGGAUCGGCUUGCUCUACGUUGUAUCGGGAUUUGGCGGGAGUGUGUUGUCAGCUCUAUUCAACCAAUCAAACAUCUCUGUUGGGGCUUCUGGUGCUCUGUUUGGGUUACUCGGAGGAAUGCUCUCUGAACUCAUCACUAACUGGACCAUAUAUUCUAACAAGGUAGCAGCUUUUUUUACUCUGUUGGUCAUUAUUGCGAUCAAUUUGGCAGUGGGAAUUCUUCCUCGUGUUGACAAUUUUGCUCAUAUUGGAGGAUUUGUUUCUGGGUUUCUUCUGGGGUUUGUGUUUCUUGUUCGCCCGCAGUUUGGAUGGGUUAGCCGAAGCCAGAGAUAUGGUUCUCUAUCAAAUCCUACCGUCUCUGUUCAACAUAAAUUCAACAUAUAUCAAUGCAUAUUGUGGAUUAUUUCCUUAAUCCUUUUGAUUGCCGGGUUCACAGUUGGCCUGGUUUUACUUCUUAGAGGAUUUGAUGCGAACCGUCAUUGCUCUUGGUGUCAUUAUUUGUCUUGCAUUCCUACUUCUAAAUGGAGCUGUAAUUCAGACCCUGCAUACUGCUUGUCUCAGCAAGUGGGUAACCAGCUGAAUGUCACGUGCUCCACCAACGCCAAAUCCGGGACCUAUAUUCUCCCAAAUGCCUCAAGUUCUCAGAUACAAAGUUUGUGUUCUGCCCUCUGCAACUCAUUCAAAUAAUAUCAUCAUCAUCAUCCCUUCCCUUCCCUUCCCUUCCCUUCCCUUCCCUUUGAAAUAUUGCCUCUGUACAAUUUGUAUUUCUCCCUGAAACUCUCAGCUACAUAAAUAUAAA